AGUCAACAUAAACAAGACAUAACCUCAAUCUUUUUUUAUAAAAAAAAUUGGAAUUUUUUUCACUUUUAUCUUAUUUUAUAAACUUUUUACCUCUAGUCUUCAAUGAUGCUCUCUAGUGAAGACAAACAGACCCUUCUAAAAGAACUGCAAGAAGAAUAUGGCAAGGAUUUGCUGGAUUUUGCGAAAUGCACAGAAAUCUACAACAACCUUUCCGAGCAAAAACUACUUAUAAAACAGGAUUUAAACCCAUCAAAUUCACAAGGGAUUAUAGGGGCACCAAUAAACAGAGCAGAAAACAUAGUAGGCCAAAGCAAACUCGCUGUGAAACAAUCUAAAGAAGUUAUCGAAUCUAUUGAAAAGGACCUCAAUGAGCUAGAAGAAGUAAGGACCAACUUACAGGAAAGAUUCAAUAAGCUCUAUACUUACCAGUCUACAUUGCAGUAUAUGAGAGUAGUGCAACAGAUUCAUUAUUUAUGUGAAGAGCUUCAGCUUCAAGUAUCCAAAAAACAUGAUGAAAAAUGUGUCACCCUAUUCACAAACCUCACAGAAAUCUGUAGGCUCCUCACUGAUUGCCAUGUUACCCAUUUAAAGGACCAUCUUAAAGAGAGUAUAUUAUUUUGGUAUAAUAUACUCAAACAAAAACUGGCAAUUGACUUUGAAGAAAUACUGAAACAAAUCAAAUGGCCAUUCCUAAGUGAAAAUUUCAGUAUUGUCACACCGGUUGAAUCCAACGUACCCAAACUGCAACUCAUAGCUGAAUAUUUGCUUCAAAUUGAAAUACCUCCUGAAGCAAAUAUUCCUAUGAAAGUUCCUGAAGGAGUUUUAGCUGAUUUUCAUCCACCUUCAUUACCCAUUGAGCUACUAAUUCAACCUUUGCAAAAAAGAUUCAUUUAUCAUUUUUAUGGGACAAGAAAAACUAAUAGGCCAGAUAAGCCAGAAUGGUAUUUUACACAAAUUUUAUGCUGGAUCAGGGACCAUAAGGAAUAUGUUGGAGCCUGGAUUCAGCCUGUCAUUGAUAAAUUUGGAUUUCAUCAUAUAGAUGCUAAGAGUGAAUUCAUGAGAGGUUUAGUACAAUUGGCUGCACAAAAAUUAGUAUUAGGACUACCAGAGUUGGUGUAUGAUGACUUUUCAUAUUCACACACAAUUGGAGAGGCUCUAGGCUUUGAAAAAGAACUUAGAGAGGUUUAUAACUAUCCAGCUCCUCAGCCUGGAAUUGUGGUUGUUUUAACACAAGGUUCUAUAUUGGUCAAGUGGCUUAUAAUGGAGAAAAAAUAUGCCACAGUGAAAAUGGAUGCAAUGCUUUCUCCAAAUUCCAUUGAUGCUUUUGAUUUAUUGGCGUCAGAUGUGGAGGAUUUGAAAAUUACUACUUGUGCGGAUGGGUUUAUAACUUUAUUGCAAACUAUCACGAAAAGAUAUGAAUGUCUUCCACAACCCGGACACAGGUUACAAUUUUUAGAAUUACAACUUGAAUUAUUGGACGAUUUUAGAAUAAGACUACUACAAAUAAUUAACGCAGAAGAAGGAGAUUAUAUGGAAUCAAAAGUACCCCUAAUAGCCAAUACACUUUACUAUAUUGAAAACGUUUUAGUUGAUUGGGGAUCUAUGUUGCAUUUUUUGACACUAUAUUACUACAAAAAUCGAGCAAAACAGCCUCCCACCAGUCCUCUAUCACCUCUUCUAAACGAUUUUGAUGAAACAACCCUGGACUCGGAAUCUGACUCAUUAUUUGCUGAGACUUUGUCCCUAUACAGACGUUUCAGGCGGGAUCUAUUAUCAGGGCUUGUGGAGGCUGUUAUUAUGGAAAUAAAAAAACGAGGAUGGGAUUAUAGAAGGGAGCGGUGGACUUCUAUGAAAGUAACAAAGGAGUUUAGAAGUUUGUCUGUUACUCCAGCAGCUUGCCCUAUAUUUGAAGUUUUAGCCAAAAGGUUGCACCAGCUUCAAAAGAAACUCCAAACCAAAUUAUUUAGAAUUGUCUGGAGGAAUAUUGCUACUCAAUUAGACACAUAUUUAUUUGAGGAUUUAGUCAUGGAUAAUAGAUUUAAUGAUGGUGGUGCUUUACAGCUGAAAUUUGAUGUCACAAGAAAUUUGCUGCCAUUAUUUGCAGACUAUACCGACACUCCAGCUAAUUAUUUUACUCAAUUAAUCGAGUCCUGUACUUUGCUUAAUCUCUCAAAAGGAUCGGCUCUUUUACUAAGAGAAACUUUACUGGCUUUAGAGGGUGCCACUGGUGUGGAAGAUACCAGAGGUAAAACUUUAAAGGAAAUUGGUGUGAGUAAUUUUAGUCCUAAGAUGGCUGUUGAAAUAUUGAAUAGGAGGACAGAUAUUACGGUUAACAGAUUAAAUAAUGUGGAUUAGUAAGCUUUAAUAAAAUUAGAUUUAUAUCUGCCUGUGAUAUUGAAAACAGAUUUUUGCCUCAUAUAAAAUAUGUAUUAGUAGGCAGAUUUUAUAAACUUUUUAUUGACUUUUGUGUUGGUUCUAUUACUUGUUUUUUAAUUAUUAAAGUACUUUAUUGAU